UUUCCUGCAUCCGGGCCUGGAGCGGCUGCUCUGAAGACUGGCGAGCAGCAUGGAGGCCCACGGCGAAUCCCAGUCCGACGCGAGCUGUUCGUCUUUUUCCCGGGACGGCUCCGGGGUCUCGGUGUCCAGGGAACUGCUGACGGCGGGCAGCGGCGGCCGCGGAGGUAUAUGGGACAGGUUGCUUAUCAACUCCAAGCCUAAUUCCAGAAAGAAUUCCACUCUUCAAACAGUUUGGAUAGAGAGGAGUCCCUUAUUGGCCCAAGUACAGAGCUUUCUCCCACAGAUGGCUCAGGCAAAUGAAAAGCUAAGGAAAGAAAUGGCAGCUGCACCACCUGGUCAUUUCAAUAUUGAAAAUAUUGACGAGACUCUCGGAAAAGUUAUACAAAUGGAUGUGGCCUUGUUUGAGAUGAAUCAGUCUGAUUCAAAAGAAGAGGACAGUUCAGAAGAGAAUUCACAAGACAGUUCAGAGGACAGUUCAGAAUCUGAGGAUGAAGACGAUAGCACCUCUUCUGAAGGUGAAGUCACCAUCGAUACCAUUAAGCUUCCUCAUUCAGAAGAUGGAAAAGGCAAAAUAGAGGUUCUGGACCGUCCUGCCAGUGAAAAAAAAGAAACAGGGAAAUAAACAAUCUGAGAAACAGGUGAUAGAUGCCUGCUAAUUCUGUGAAAAAGAAUGUGACUUGCUGGUUAUUUUGCAUUUCAGAUACCUAUGGUGCUUUUUUGCAAUAUUGAAUGUAUUUUGCUUCUUGGAGAAACAGAAGCUGGCUUUUAAAGAGUUGGAAGAGAGAACAUUUGGGGAUCUUCUAAGAGCAGACUGUUUUUGGUCUCAUGCUAAAGAGAUUUAGUUUAGAAAGCUUAACUUUAUGUAUGGUGAUGAGUGAAUUCGUUGGCAUCCUCUUUCAUCAGCACAGACUUCAGAAAUCUCAAACUUGUUUUAAAGUAAAAAUACAAGUUACCCGUU